AUGGCGCCUUCCCGUUUUAUAAACCUCGGGUGGGGACCGGGACUAAAUAGCAGCGUUAAUUCCCUUUACAGCCAGGCUGUACAGACGCUCCCCGGAGAUCUGCGAAGGCAAGAGGAGCGCGGAGAGCUGCUGCAGCCGCUGGUCUUUGUCUUACUGGUUCUGUGCUCCGUCCUGCUGUACUUUAAAGUGUCUCUCAUGGAUCCGGGUUUUGUUAAGCCUGAUGAGGAAGUACAGGCAGGAAAGACUGAAGAACAAAGCAUGGUGACACCCCAAGUUCCAAGCAAUAUUAAGAUGCGGCGCUGUGGCUACUGCAUGGUGAAGCAACCAAUGCGAGCCAAGCACUGCCAGCUGUGCCAGCACUGUGUUCGGCGUUAUGACCAUCACUGUCCCUGGAUUGAGAACUGUGUAGGAGAGAAGAAUCACCCUCUCUUCAUAGUCUACUUGAGCGUGCAGCUUGUAGUUUUGCUGUGGGCAGGUCAUAUUGCUUGGUCAGGCCUCUACUUGGAACAGUCCUGGGAUUGGCUGCAGCACAACAUUUUCCUCAUCGUUUCCUUCCUCCUGAUAGUCAUGUUCACCGUUUUUGUCCUGUUGCUGCUUAUUUCACAUCUCUAUCUGGUCUCUUGCAACACCACCACCUGGGAAUUCAUGUCACAGCAUCGCAUCUCCUACUUGAAACACUCCGAGUUGGAGAAUCCCUUUGACCAAGGGGUAAUCCUCAACCUUUGGAGGUUCUUCUGUUCAUGCCACCUCACUGCAUGGGAGAAAAUCUACUUUCACAGGGAUAGUGAACCUGUCUAGUCACAGCAGGACCUACUUAGUAAAGUGCCAACACACUUGCAGGUUGCUGGAUGAAAUUUUACUAAUGCAAAUUGCUGCUGUUUCCUUGUGUGGAACUUCAGCAUAUUCUGAACUAUGCAGCUUGUUCCGCAGCUUGCUCGUCCAUAAAAGCAAAUUUACAUUUUUAGAAGGAUAGUCAGGGUUAUACGGAUAGCACUGUUGAAGGGCAGGUAUUGGUUCUGAGAAGGGCAGAAGGCCAGAUAUUUUGGACUGAAUGAAUGUAUCUCUUUAAACUUGCUUCCUUUUGUUAACUGCAUCCAGAUCGCUUCAGAAGAAAUGCAAGAGUAGCGUGAAAAGGUAUGUGCACUUCUGCUCCCUAAAGUUUCACUUUCCUAUUGCUGCUAGAAAACAGCAGCUGUUACAGACAAGUGGAGCCAGAAUCAAUAUAAUUCCUGCGGCCUUUCUUCACAGUGCCGUCUCUCAGUAGUGUUUGACAAAUAAUAGAAACAUUCUGAGUAAAUAUAUGGAUAGUCGAAAGCAAAUUUCAUUUUGACUACAUGCUUAAAUGUCACGCUUUUCACAAAGAUCUGAGGUUUAACAGUGUUCAUGUAUAUGAGAAACAGCUGUAAGGCACAAAAUUCAACUGAUGUAAUUAGCCUCAUACUUUGUGAUGUCCUGAUCCGCUUCCU